AAAGGUGACCCCAAAGCUCAAGCUGUCAAGGCAGCCAAGGCUGUGAAGUUGGGAUCAACCUUUAAGAAGACAUCAAAAAAGAUACGAACAAAAGUUACAUUUCAUCGGCCUAAGACAUUGAAGAAGGACAGAAAUCCCAAGUAUCCCAGGAUUAGUGCACCUGGAAGGAACAGACUUGAUCAGUACCAAAUUCUUCAAUGUCCUCUUACCACCGAGUCUGCAAUGAAGAAAAUUGAGGAUAAUAAUACACUUGUAUUUAUUGUUGACGUUCAUGCUGACAAAAAGAAGAUUAAGGAUGCGGUGAAGAAAAUGUAUGACAUCCAGGCAAAGAAAGUCAAUACGUUGAUCAGGCCUGAUGGAACGAAGAAGGCCUACGUGAGGUUGACGCCCGACUAUGAUGCUUUAGAUGUGGCAAAUAAAAUUGGAAUUAUCUAAACGCGUUAAAUAGUUUGUAUUUUCUGAGUAUGAGAGUUUUACAACUUUUGAAUUGAAGGUACCCAAAUAUUAUUCAAUUUUGACAGUUGAGUUACAAAAUGUACUGUGUCUAGAAAAUAUUUUAAAACUAAACAAGACUGAUACAUGAUUA